UUGGUGAAUUCUUUUGUCUACUUAUAACCAGAACACUUAAUUUUAUGUUGCAAUUCUGAAGUUGGUUUUAUCGCAGAAUGGGUAUUGGUUGGAGCAAGAUAAAGAAAAAAGUAGGGUGUUCCUGUCUGAGCAGUGGUGAUAAUAGUGGAAGAAUAUGCAUGAACGAUGUGAUGAAUGACGAUAUUUUGUUAGAAAUUCUGAAUCGCAGCACUAGUUGCAGCAAAUCUAUUAUCCAAUACAAGUUAGUGUGUAAACGUUGGUUCAAUCUUAUAAACAAUCCUGAUUUUAUCACAGCCUUCAUUGCCCACCGAACCAAAAACCGCCUCCCACGACAAGAGUUGUUGACGUACAGUGAGAAAGUGCAUCAGAUUUUAAGUCCCCGAGUAGACGAAUAUGUCCAAAUUGUGGCUUCUUGCAAUGGUUUAUUGUUAUGCCUUGAUGCUAUUACGUUACGAUGCUUUAUUUGCAAUCCUAUUACGAAGCAAUGGGCUGAAAUCCCUUCUCUUCCGAGUGAACCUUCAUAUAUAGGUUUGAUUUGUGAUCCUUACUAUGAUAUGGAUGACCAAGGGCGUGUCGGCAUCAUCAGUCCUGAUUGUCUACAAUUUAAGGUGGUGGCUAUUUCUAGAACUUUUGUUACAUCUUAUGCGAAUCCCCGUAUCAUUCAGAUGGAUAUAUUUUCAUCCAAAAGUGGAGAAUGGGUUCAAGAAUAUGUUGCCGUACCUGCAGCGGAUGAACUUUGUUUAAUUAACUGUUUCUACAUCUCUCGAUCAGCUGUCAUUUACAAUCAGAUGAUGCAUUGGCCGGCUUCCGCUGAGAAAAUUCUCGUCUAUGAUCCCAACACUGUCAAGGCUCACUGCUUUGACGGGCCUCCAACAACAUACAUUGGGGGAACAUAUCUCGGUGUUUGUCAAAACUCGUUGCGGGUAUCUCAUACGUGGGGAUGUUUCCUAAGAAUUUGGGAGCUUGACGAUCACAAGGAGUGGAGUAUGGUGCACAAAGUUAACUUGAGAGUCUUGAAUCCCGGAUGUUCAGGUGCAAAAGAUAUAUAUGUUGUAGCUUUAAGCUGUGAUGAUCAAGACACGGUCUACGUUAUGUUAGGCUCAACUACUCUUCUUGUUUCGUGCAAUUUAAGACGUUUUACCUUCAAAAUUAUUGGAAAGGUUCCAUAUCAGUUUUUUUUUCCCAGUGUUGUUUCACUUUUGAUCCCACAUUGGCCAACUCCACUGCCUCCAUUCCCAUCUUAGACACUAUAUGUUUUGUUGUGGCAAACACUAAAAGUUAUGCCUAGUCCGAACAACAAAAAUCCACCAUCGCUGUGGUCUUGAACAAGAAGCAGCUCCAUCUUCGUCUGUCAUCAUCUAGGCUUUGUUCGUCGCAGCCGUCGCUGUUUAUUUGUUUUUCCUUUUUUCUUCAUUUUUAUUUUCCUAUAUUUUUUUACUGAUUUUUCAUCAUUAACGCGUAGAAAAAAAUCAGAUAUUAUCAGUUUGACUUAGAAUGCUCUGUUCCUUCCACCUCAAUUUUGAGGUUUUGAACUACAUGUUUUCACAGUAUUAUUAAAAUCAAAGGAGUGUGGACAAUCAACCAAAUUGAAUAA